ACCUUGGGGUAAACCUCGUGUCAUUUGCUCUCGAUGUUUUGCAUUCCUACACUUGUGGUAUUUACUUUUUUUUCAAUCUGAAACGUGCGGAAAUAAAACGUUCUUCUUUCGGCCCACCUCGGCCCGCUAACCAAACCCAUCCUCUCCUGCUCACCCGCGAACGAAGAAGGAGCAAGGCCAGGCCAUGCGCCCACGCCCACGCCCGUCUCGUUUCCGUUCGGCCCUCGCGGCGGCGCCGGGCGUCGGGUACACCAACCCAACUUGACCCAACCCAAUUUUAAAGAGCACGAAAAGUGGGGGAUGGGGGGAGAAAAAGAGAGGAGCGCAGCGAGGCGAGCGGUCUCUCUUCCUCUUCGCUUUACCGAUGGCCAACGAUUCCCUCGCCCACCACCUGCUGCUCCCUCUCGCCGGCGGCUGCUGGUCCGACGUUGAUGAGGAGGAGGAGGAGCCGGGCAACGUCUCCUUCCCCUCAUUCUGGCCGCCCUUCCCCGCUCUCUCGUCGGACUCCGACUCCGACGCCGCCAGCUUCGUGCGUCCGCGCAUGGACCGGCCCCGGGAGACCGCCGCGUCGUCCUUCUUCGGGCUCGGCUUCCACGACCACGACGGGGACGACGACGAGUGGGCGCCACCCGACGAGGACGGGGAGCUCGCGCUGCCGCUCUGCUGGGACUGCCUGCAGCUGGAGGACCACGACGACGACCACCGGAGGUGGGACGUGGGCGUGAGCGACGCGGACGAGUGGGAGCAGGUCGCCGGCAGGGAGGAGGAGGAGGAGGAGGCUGCGGCGUCCGCGGUGCGGAGCCUGGAGUGGGAGGUGCUGCUCGCCGCCAACAGCCUGGGGAGCCUCGCGGUGGAUGGCGACGACGACCUGGACGCGGGAAUCGAGACGUACUUCCUCGACGACGCCGACGACCUGCUGUUCGGGCAGCUCGCCGCCGCGGAUGCGGACCACGAGCCGCCGGGCAAGUGCGGGCGACCGGCCGCGAAGGCCGCGGUGGAGGCGCUCCCGACGGUGGUGGUCGCGGAGGCCGACGCGCAGUGCGCGGUGUGCAAGGACGGCGUCGAGGCCGGGGAACGCGCCCGGAGGCUGCCGUGCGCGCACCUCUACCACGACGGCUGCAUCCUGCCGUGGCUCGCCAUCCGCAACACGUGCCCUCUCUGCCGCCACGAGCUUCCCACCGAUGACCCCGAGUACGAAAAGUGGAAGGCGAGGCGGGCCGGCGGCGACGGUGGCGAUGCAGACCGGCGUGGCACGGCAAUACCGGCAGGUAUGAUGUCUUCAUCAGGAUACCUUGACGAAUGGGUAGGCGAAGGAGCAACGGACUAAUUUGAUUCAGCAAUUAGAGGCGGUGCGGUGUUAAUAUCAACUUGGUUCUGCAACUUUGCUGCAAAUUCCUUUUUGAUCAGGUUGGAGAGGGAUCAAAUCAAUGUUGGAUUGGUUGGUGUGGUGGUGAAUUUCAUAGAGUGAUGACAUAACACGGUGCAUUUAAAUUUGACAAUGUCAAUGGUGUAUUUGGAUGUGAGAUUUGAGGUUAUCGUUUGCUGUUUUUUAUAGCGGAACGAACAGUGAAACGGAGGGGGAUCAUGAAUCGACGAGAAAUAUAGGGAUGACAGAACAAUGUUUGCACAAUUGCA